AUGAUACCACACACGCUUCGCACACGUCCGCGCAUGCGCACCGCCCUCGCGCGUGCGCUAAACGCUCGCGUCCGCGCCUACGCAUCCAAUUCCCUCGCCCAUGAGAUUCGCGGUCCACCGCUCGAUGAGAAACCGUUGGACAAUGUCAUCUUUUGGCUCCACGGAUUGAUGGGGCAAGGCAAGAAUUGGAGAACGUUCACGUCCCGCUUACGGCAAUCGCUCGUCGAUCGAGAUGGGCGCUCGUGGCGUAUCGUACUCGUCGACCUGCGCGGGCACGGCGCGAGCGCGAGCGUUGGCGCUGGGACGACGUCGGAGGAGUUGUUAGUCGACGCGGCGCGGGACGUGGAGGCGUUGGUGAACAAGCUAGGCGUCGUCCCAAAGAUCGUCGUCGGGCACUCUCUCGGUGGGAAGAUCGCGCUAGAGUACUCCAAGAUUGCGACGGCGGUGCCCACGCAGAUUUGGUCGCUGGAUUCGAGCCCGGGGAAGGUGGAGGUGACGGACGCACACGGAGCUGGACGCGUGCUUGCAGCGAUACGACAGUUACCGUCGCGGAUCCCAUCAAGACGUUGGCUCGCGGAGGCGCUUCCGAAGGAGUUUUCACGAGGGUUAGUGGAUUGGAUAGGGAGUAAUUUGAAGAACGUCUCGGGUGGGGAAGAGCUCGAGUGGGUGCAUAACUUUGAAACGGUUGAGGCGCUGUAUCAGAGCUUUCGGAACACGGAUUCUUGGCCUGCGUUUGAGGAUCCUCGAACGGAUUUUUACGUGGUCAAGGCGGAGCGUAGUACAGCUUGGUCGGCCACAGACGUGGCAAGACUACGAAAAACGCCUCGAUCGAAAUUUAUGGUGUUGCCGCGCGCCGACCAUUGGUUGCACACGGACAAUCCGGAUGGUCUUUUAGAACUGAUGUCAGACUCUAUCUUGGCAGACUUGUAA